AAAUAAUCUAUGUUUUUUAUUUGAUAAGUUAUGCAAGAUUUCGAAAUUUUCAUAAUAUUACUAUAUUUAUUUUUAAAGGGGAAAUAUAAUAAUGUAGCCGGGGUUUGAGUUUAUAACGCAUCCUGGGUUUUACGUUCCAAGCUUUAAAUACUUUAAAGUAUAAAUGAUGUAAAUGAUGGCCUGAAACAUGAAUAAAAAUCAUGUUAUAAUUAACAAAUGAAAAUUAUAAUAACAAUUUAAAUAAUUCAUUGUAAUACAUAAUAAUAUGCAAUACAAUACAAUUACAAUUCAAGAAAAUACAAUAAUAUAAAAUAAUAUGCAAUACAAUGUAAUUCAAGAAAAUACAAUUAUAUAAACAUAAAAUAAUGCACUCACCAGUGACCUGAAGACUUAUUGUAGAAAGUGGCAAUUGGAAAAAGCCUACUACCUCUUACAAGGUUUUACAAACAAGUGACCAAAUGUUGAGUUAUGAUUUAAAAUUAUAUAGAUGACUAUGAAAUCAUCUCACAAUAAAAGCAUGCACUGUUAAGCUCACUCAUUUAUCACAAAGUAUCUCUCACACUGAACUUCUUUCAGUCUUGAUUGGGUUAGUAUUGUUAAAAGGAUUAGUGUCAGAGUGAAUACCCUGUUGCAAUAAUAAAAUAUUUGUCGCAUAAUCAGUAAACAAAGUAACAACACCUAAAACAACCUUUUUCACACCACUUAAGGUAACAAUAAACAGAUAAUCUGUCAGGCAUUCAGAGUUGAUGAGGGUACUGAUUAUCUAGUGGUAUGUAAGGCUAUUACUGAUAGGGGUUGCUUAGAAACUGUGUAGCCCCGUCAAUAUUUUACGUUUUUUAAUAGUGAGGUGUAACCUUUCUCUUGUUCUUUAUUUUACUUUCAUUAUGUCUCAUGACUUGAUCAGGUGGUCAGUUACAAGAAAAGUUUGAAUGUUGAAAGACGUUUUCAAUCUUUGUUUAGUCGUUCUUAAAUGACAUUGGUUUGACAUUAGAUGCAUUGAUUAUAAGAUAUGGUUCUCUGUCUAUUGAUGUUUGUAGUGAACUGCAUUCAUAUUGUUUUGUAUUUCUGGAAUGAUGUAACGCGUUUCUAAUUUAGAUUACAUGUUUUCGCAACUGCAGAAAUAGCGGCUCAAUGGUUCUUACUUCUUAUAUCUUUAUUUUUAAAACCAGUUGAACUGAAUGGAAAGAGGUGUUCGAUUCCCUAAAUCGCAUCGAAUUUGGAGACAAUGAAGUUAAUUUUAUAAUAAAAGCAGAAGACGAACUUACUUGAGAAGAUUAGCAAUGUCCCUGAAGACAUUUUCCCGCCGUUAGAAUACGUGUUCAAAUCAAAUGCAUUCAAACUUGUUGAGGAUGUUACACAGACGAUUUUAGCGUUCAUUAAAAAACGCUAUAGUGCGGAGCUGACUACAUACAAGCCCGGUGUACAACGCCACCUAGCGGACCAUCUGAUUCUCGCUCGCCAGGAGGCGGAGAAGGAAGAGGAUCCGGAAGUGCUGGCGUCCCUAACCGAGACUCAUAUCACACAGACGCUUGCUGAUAUUUUCUUCGUUACAUGCCAUCCUUCGGCGUAUAUUGCUUGGCCCCUGUCCGUCGGAAGAACAGUCGGAUGGUACGAUGGUCAGUCCGUAGAUCAUUUAAAGUCGGCACCAUAUUUUGAGAAAUCUUAGACCUACCAUCAAUAUUGCUGGUAUCGACACCUCCCGUUUGACUCUACGUUUUGCAGAUCUUCACAUGAUCGCAAAUCCGAAAAUACAGCAGAAAGUGCAACAGGAAAUUGACCGGGUCGUGGGGCAAGACCGGCUGCCGUGUCUGAGUGAUAGACCGGAUCUGGCUUAUACAGAGGCUGUUCUGAUCGAGAGCAUGCGUCUAUCAACCGUAGCUCCUACAGGAGUCUUCCACAAUACCCUUUGUGAUACGUCAAUAGACGAAUAUAAGCUGCCCAAGGAUACCCCUGUAGUGAUAAACCACUGGGCGCUGCAUCACGACCCAGAGGCAUGGGACGACGUCGACGCUUUCAUCCCGGAGAGGUUUUUAGACGAAGACGGCAAACUGGGACCGAAACCCAAGAGCUGGCUACCGUUCUCGACGGGGAAGCGUGUCUGUCUCGGUGAGUUCGUGGCAAAACCGGAACUGCACAUUCUAUUUGCGUGCCUCAUGCAGCGCUACACGUGGGGCAUGGAAGAGGGCAAGACCCCAGACAUCGCACCCAUAGCGUCGAUCUUUGUUAUGUAUCCGAAAGAGAAAGAUGUCGUCAUUAAGAGACGAUUUUGAUGUAAAGGAGCCGCCGUGGCUGAAAACUGGAAAACUUGUUAAAUGUUGGUGAUUUCAUAAAUCUGUAUUCAGCUUCCAUUCAAAGUAUCCAUUACAUACCAGACAAGAGCAGAUGGUUUUUGUUAAAAUGAUUGGUUACAAUUAUAAAUAUUUUAUAACACGUGACAUGGCUUUAUUUACAAAUUGUAUGCAUUAAAGACGAUGUAUCUGUGUAUAAGUCUGAAUUAACUGUCUGUUCUGUUCUGUUUUUGUUAUCACUGCAUUUCGGAUAAUUUAAGAUUGUGCGUAUCAAUAUAGAUCGCACGUCUUGCUAUAAAUGAUACGGCAUAUGAAACACGACCGUAUUUAUUUAUACAGAUACACAUUUUAUGAUUUAUAAUGUCGUUGUUAUAAUAUAAUUGAAACAACAAACAGGCACUAUACCAUAAAUAUAAUAUAAAGCGUCCAAAAGAUCAAGUAUACUCAUUAUUGUAUUGUCUUGAUUGUAAGAAUUUCACCUUCACAUGUCAGUUAUACUAGAUGUAUGCUUACUAGCGAGUAAAAUACAAAUGAGUCGUGUUCUGAGAAAACUGUGCAUAAUGCAUGUACGUAAAGUGUCGUCCCAGAUUAGCCUGUGCAAUCCGCACAGGCUAAUCAGGGACGACACUUUUCGCUUUUAUGACAUUUUUCGUUUGAAUGAAGUCUCUUCUUAGCAAAAUCCAAUUUAAGCGGAAAGUGUCGUCUCUGAUUAGCCUGUGAGGACUGCACAGGCUAAUCUGGGACGACACUUUACGCACAUGCAAUAUGCCAAGUUUUCUCAGAACGCGACUCAAAUAUUUCCGUUAUAUGUCACACUUAUUAAUGUCCUAUUCUUCAGAUAAUAGACUGCUGGUAAAAUUCCCAGGCGGGUGUUAUGUAUAAACCUAUAUACAUUAUGCACCUAGAAAACGUUGUAAGUUUCAUGAAAAACAUAUUAUUUAUUUUUGUGUUGUGAUAAUUUGAGUAUUUUAGUCUUGAGGUCCAUGUUUCUUCUUUAUUAAAUUGUAAAUUCUUAAAUGUUUGUAGUUGUAUAUAUAUUUGUAUUGUUAUUAAUGAAUGGUAAGUUAUAUUUAAAGCUUAAGCGUUUUCAUGGUAUAUGUAUAUUACAUAGAUAUCUGUAUUAUCUAUGUUGCAGAUAUAUCAUUUCAUUCUUAUACAAAUUGAUCUUUUAGUUUUUGUGUUACAAUGUAUUCAACGUCGUGUGUGAAUGGAUUUGUAUUAAGUAUAUAGCCAAAGCCAAGUUUCAAAGCUUGGCACCAUAUAAUAUUUUUCUUACAAUUUAAAUUGGUUAAAAUAUUCUUCUGUUGCAUUAACGCUUGGUAUAAUAAUGAUUUUUUGUUAUUGACAAUUUUCAUGUAAUAACUCAUUAUUAUCACAGUUGUCAAAAAUGUCCAAAAUCUCAGAAUAUACAUGUAGUAGGAAUGGCGUUAUUACUCAAUCGAAUAGAACUAGUUUGGUUUUGACAGCUCAUUUGACAAGGCUUAAAAGAGAUGCACUGUGGUGAAAUGCUCUAAACGCUUGGUGAUUUAAUAUCUUUAAAGUAUGAGAUAUAUUUCCAGUAUAAUGGAAAUUUAUACGUAGGUGCAAAAGCUAUUGAAAAUGGUAUUACAAUCGUUAUUUAUUGAACGCGAAUAGUUGAAAGUGCUUUAACGUUUUUCAAAUAUGCAUGAUUUUUUUUUAAUUUUUAGCUCUGCUGUUUUCGGAGAAAACCCGAGGUAUUGUCAUAGCCAGCUCGUCGUGUCGUCAGCCGUCCGCGACGUGCUUAAACCUUAACAUUUGGUUAACCUUUUGAACAGUGGUUCUUAAAUGAAAAUGCUUCCACCUUCAACAUUCAAACUUCAUAUGAAGCUGCACCUUGAUGACCUAUAAAAAAACAUUAAAAAAAAAACUCUUACAACCUUUCAUCUAUUCAAAACUGCACCAGCAGCCGAGCGUUGGAACCCGUUCUGCGGUGCUCUUGUUACUUUUAUUUUAAGAACCUAUUUAGAAGAGUAAAGGUGAAAUAUCGUCAAGUUUGUUCGGAAGGUCUACCGGGACAGUAGUAAAUAAAACAAAAUCAUCAGCAAAUAACAACAUAAGAACCGAAACAAAAUGCAAAUCGUCAUUUGUAAAAUGUUGAACAUGAAUACAAUGUUUUAAAAGCAUUUAUAUACAAUAUAAAAUAUAACCGACGACAUGGAUCUCCCUUGUUUGACGAUAAGAGAGACAUGGAAGAAGUCGGAAUGUUACAUAUCCUUAGUGUUAUGUCUAUACAAGAUUUGACUGUUUCAUAAAAAUAUAUGACUUUUCAUAAUUAAUGACAUCGCAAUACAGCUUACGAAAACAUUUUGUAUAAUGCUGUGUAGAAUAAAAAUACCAUCGGU